AUGGAGGAUCAGCGCAGGCCGAGUCGCGCCGCGGGAUAUCCAGCCUCAGCCGACACCGAGUGCGGCGGCAACUUGGCUGCCGUCGACACCGAGGGCGGCGGGGCACUGGCUGCCGCUGGGCGGGUCCAGCGCCGUCUCGGCCUCAGGGAAAAACCAGUGCGCACCGAGAGAAAUCCGGCCUCUGCCCUCGCCGCCGCAGACGAGAAGUUCGGACGCUCCACGGGACAUUCGGCCCCAGCCGACAUGGAGGGCCGCCGGGCCUUCGCCGCCGUCGAGCGGGACUAG